AUGCCUGGCGCCAGCGUCGCAGUUCUCCCGCCUCCAGCGGCCUCGACCCCGUCCUCGCGGAAGGCGUCUCUCGCACCAGAACGCAAAUACAAGUGCCAGUUCUGCAACAGAGCCUUCAGCCGAAGCGAGCAUCGAAGCCGUCACGAGCGAUCACAUACCAAGGAACGUCCCUUUAAGUGCAUGAAGUGCCGAAGUACCUUUGUUCGUCGCGACCUUUUGCUCCGACAUGAUCGCACAGUCCACGCCAAAGAUGGCGGCGUCCCCCUUCACAGCGACGGCAAGCGUCGUGCUGGUCCCAAGACUCGAGCCAUCGGCGGCCCCUCCAAAUCCUCAAUCGCCUUGGACACCUCCACCCUGGAGCAGAUGGAAGCUGGCGGCGACGGCAUUUUCGAUGUCGAGGCCGCCGCCAUGCUCGUCGCCGACCUGCAUCACAAGGCCACCGCAGCCAUGCGCGGAGACGAUGGAUCUUACGAAGACGGCGCAUCCAUGGCCUUUUCCCCACGAAGCUCCACCGUCAUGGAGCCUGCCGUCACCUAUCCAUCUGGUGCCAUCGCCCUCCCGCAAGUUCAGUGGGACAACUUCAUGGCCGAGCCCAAGCCUCACUCCAUCACCUCGAGCGCCUCGGGCUCUUUCGAGUCGUCGCAGCCCUUUGCAGGUGGAAACAGACUGUCGCACCAUGCCGGCCAGUUGCCUCCAUUCAGCGGCCGAAACUGCAAUGGUCUUGUGCCAGCGCUUCAGUCCAUGAUCAAUUCGCUCCCCGCCUCUGGCCCCGAGAUCCCAGCCCCUCAGUCUCCCUCCGCGGUGGACUCGCAGCAGGCUGGUUUCAGAGCUCCUCAGGUUUCUGGCGAUGAUGAGCGAAACAUGAUUCUGGACAACAUCCGCAGCACCGACCGGGAGCAUGCCAUUCCCGAGAGCUUUCGCCUCCCCGGCCUGGGCUCUCUGAACCGCUACCUGGCCACCUACUUUGGGCUGUUCCACCACCAUCUGCCCUUCCUGCACCCUGCUUCCUUCACCCCGUCUCAGGUGUCGCCCCCACUGCUGUUGGCCGUCCUCAGCAUUGGCGCUCUCUACGCCUUUGAUCAGGACCAGGCCUAUAUGCUCCACAUCGGGUCCAAGGUUCUCGUCAACCAGUUCCUCCAGAACAAGGAGAACUUUAGCUCUCGCAAGUGUCCCCUGUGGACCAUGCAGAGCUCUCUCCUCAACAUGAUCUUUGCCAGCUGGAGCGGCGACCCCAAGGGCUUGGAGUGGGCGUGCUCCAUCAAGAGUCUCCUCGCCAACAUGGUGGCUGGAAAUCGUUACGAGCUCAAGCUUCGCCAGGAGGCCCGUGGCUCGUCCAAGCCUACUCGCGCAGAGUGGGUUGAGGACGAGGGCUGCCGCCGCACGUACUAUGCGGUCUACAUCUUCUUUGGCUUGCUGACUCUGACGUUUAAUCACACCCCCGCCAUCGGCUUCAACGAGUUUGAGGACCUGCAGCUCCCUUCAACGGAGGCCCUGUGGAACAUGCAGGUUGCCGACGAGGCUGCAUGGGCCGAGCAGCUCGAGAAGUCGCCCGCCGCCAUCUUCAUGGAAGCCCAUGACAAUCUUUUCCAGGGUGAAGCAAUCAAGUACAGCGCCUUUUCCACCCGUGUCAUGAUCAAUGCCUUGUUCCUCGAAGUAUGGUACCACAAACGUAGCCCAGAGGCCUUGCAGGAUGUCGUGACCGAGUACAAACUUAGACUCGCCCUGGAGACGUGGGAGAAGUCGUUGGACCUGUGCGAACCGGAAUCUGUCGUGGUGCCCCUUAGCGCUCCCCACAAGGGUCACCCCCUCAUCUUCAAUGCCCGCGCCAUGUACCGUAACGCCCGCGCCCGCCUCGAGGUUGACCUGAAGACCGUGCAAGAGGCCCUGCGAUACCACGAGCCGUACGAGGUCGCUGCCGCCAUGUCUCAUGCUCGGGACCGCGUCAAGCGCUCCAGCGAGAUGAUCAAGGUGAUUGAAGAGUGCUACAACUGCCUGGAGACGGCCGUGGUUCAGGGCGUCCGCUGGGUGGCGCGCACCUCGUCGACCAACUGGAGCGUCGAGCACCCCCUGUGCGGCCUGGACCUGAUGAUCAUCCUCACGUUGUGGCUGUAUCGCCUGGAACACGACGAAGAGCCAGCAACGCCCGAGGAGGUGGCCAUGUACUACAAGGUCCGACAGCUCUUUGUCAAGGACUUUGACGAGAGCAUCAUUGCCAACUUGAGCUCCGUGGUUGCCCGCCUCUGGGGCUCCAUGUUGGACGAAGUUGUGGUGUGGGGAAUUACCCGUCUCAUGGGCGAAUCAUUCAAACUGCAUUCAGAAGCCCUAGUCGGCUAUGUCGGCGACGAAGCUUCCUCUAAUGUAUCGACUCCCUCGAUGACCUCGCAGGGAGCGGACGAGGACAGCGUGUACUAA